AUGUCGAUUAAUAUUACUCUUCCAUCGGUCGAAGAAGUUAAUGAAUGGUGGCCGACUGAUGUUGCUUCUUUUUUGGGAACUAAUCGAAAAAAGCUAUUUCUCGAAGAUGAUGACAUUAAAACACUUAAAGAUAACCGUGUUUCCGGCCCAGCCUUCCUUGA